UUUUUAUCUCCAUUUUAGUGAGCAUUUACGCAUUAGGACAUGACAGACUGUGAGACAGCCUAAAUCCGUGACAGACGCUCACCGGGAUGGGUUAUGAUUAAUGAUAAUUCCUUGGGCAGCUGGGUUCAGCCCAAAAGGAAGAAAUUGCAGAAAAUCAACACAGAGCAAUGGACAAUGAGGCAAGAUCUAGUGCCCCAUCUGGCACAAGUGGCACAAGCACCCCAUCCCGGACACAGGCGCCCCCAGUGCCUCUUUACAGUGGUUCAUCUGAAAGACAGGCUGUUCAGGUCAUCCAGCAGGCAAUCCAUCGCCCACCUAGUAUGGCAGCACAGUAUCUGCAGCAGAUGUAUGCAGCUCAGCAACAGCACCUCAUGCUCCAGACAGCAGCCCUGCAGCAGCAGCAGCAGCAGCAGUUGAGCAGCUCCCAGCUACAGAGCCUAGCCACGGUCCAGCAGGCGACGCUUUCUGGAGGCAGGCAGUCCUCAUCCCCCACUGGAAGUGUCACUCAGCAGUCAAGUGUUUCGCAGACUUCGAUCAAUCUUUCAACAUCUCCAGCAGCCACGCAGUUGAUCAGCCGUACUCAGACUUCCAGCUCUUCAGGCAGUGGUGGCCUCACUCAGCAAACCAUGCUACUGGGAAGCAGCUCCCCUACCCUCACCACCAGCCAGGCACAAAUGUACCUGCGCGCACAGAUGCUUAUUCUCACUCCUACUGCAACUGUCACUGCUGUCCAGUCUGAUCUUCCUGUUGUUUCUUCUGCCUCCUCCCAGUCAACUGUGUCCCAGGUUCAGAAUUUGGCUGUUCGCACCCAUCAGGCCAAUACUCAAUCCAGUGGUCAGAACACAUCCGUUAAAACCAGCACUCAGGGGCAAACGCUACCUGCUUCCCAUCCUAAGAUGUCAUUGAGCCCUGUGAAAGCCAGUCCAGCACCCGACUCCCACAGUGAAGGAAGCAAGAAAGGCGAUAGUCCUGGAGCAGAACCCAGAUCGGGCACUAUAAACCGGCUAUCUGCUACUCAUCAUUUGAUAGCCCCAGUUUAUGCUAGGCCUUGCAUUAUUUGCAAAUUCUGGCUGGCAGAUGUAUCAGCUCCAUACCCUUCCAUGCAACCUCAGGCGCUAAUUAAACAUCAACCACUCCCACUAUAUACGUCUCCACCAGCACAGAAGGGGAACCACCACCAGUUAAUCAUCCAGCAGUCAUCUCUCCCCAACCGACAGGUACAACCAGUGGCGAUCCAGGUCUCAACCCAGGAGACUCCAUCAUCUUCUCAACCUUGUGUGUCAGUGCAGACCCAAGUGUCAGGAGCAUCUAGUCCAAUGUCUGCUCAGUCCCAGAACUGCACAGUGGUGAGCUCAUCCCCUAGCCAGCCACAGCAGCAGACAGUUGUUGUUUCCCCUCAGCCUCCUCCCUCACCAACAAGUCCAUCUCAAACCAUCAUUAUCCAGCCUCAAACUAUUGUCCAGGCCCAAACACAAGCCUUGAUAUCAUCUCCUGUCCAGCAAGCUGGUCUCACCCAAGCCACUGUCAUUCCCUCCCUCCUCCCUCCAGUGUCCUCUCCUGUGGUUCAGAGUUCCACCUUACCUCAGACCCCUUUGCUGUCUCAAACAUCUGUCUCCCAAUCUCCACAGCUGCCCCUGCCCCCUCAAACUGCUCCUCCCAGCACUUCCCUGACACAGCUGGCUCACACACCAACUGCCACACUUCAGCCUCUCCCAUUGCAGUCUGUCCAGGCACUUGCAAUGCAGUCGGAGAUUUUGACACCUGGUCAGAUGCUGGUGUCGCAGGAGGAGUUGCCUGCAGCAGAAGCCUUGGUGCAGAUGCCCUUCCAGUCUUUAUCUCCUCCACAGACAGUUGCAGUCAACCUUCAAGUACAGUCAUCUGCCCAAGUGGAAGCUCCAGUGGUCUAUCAGAUUGAAAGUAUUUGUCAAGAUGAGCUAAGAGAGGACAGAAUUGGCAACAGAACUCCUACACCACCUGCCCUUUCACCCCCAGCUGCCCCAGUUGAGCACAAUGAGGAAAUGUCUGAGCGGCCUGAAAAUGACACAGAUCCCCUGGAUCUGCAGUGCGUGACCACCUGUGGCAAUGCCUCUGUUAUCAGAUCGGCAGCAGAUCCCUCUUACGUAAGCAGUUCACCUCCUUGUCUUCAGCCUGCACCGGUCCAGACUAGCUGCAAGCCCACAUCGGCAAGUCUGUCCAGUGGGGCUGAGAACAGGCCCCCACAGGCAAUCGUCAAACCCCAAAUCCUCACUCACCUUAUUGAGGGCUUUGUCAUCCAGGAGGGCCUGGAGCCAUUCCCGGUAAGUCGUUCUUCCUUACUGAUUGAAAAUCAAGCCAAGGUAUCGAAAGAACAGGGAAUCAAGCAGACCAGUGUUGAGCCACCUGCCUUGAUAGAGAUGGAGCAGCCUGAAAAUUCCACUGACAGUGAAAUGGAUGACAUGAUUACUGAGGAGGGAAUUGAGGAUGCUGUGACGAAGCUCCUGAAAUGCGAGUUCUGUGGGAAGAUGGGCUAUGCUCACAAAUUCUUGAGAUCAAAACGUUUCUGCUCUAUGUCCUGUGCCAAAAGGUUCAAUGUCAGUUGCACUAAAAGACUCAGUUUAUUGAAGGCAGACAAAGUGAGCCGGUGGGGUCGUAAACCUGAUGGAAGAAGAGGACGCCGACCCGGUGGUAGUGAUGGAAGCAACAGAGAGCAUUUCCAUAAACAGCUCCAAGUCCCCUAUCCUGCCACUGAUGAGGUUCAGCCUCAUACACCACAUGAAGAUGCUCUUUCUCUUCCAAUGACAACACGACUGAGGAAACACAGUGAAAGGGAGCGGGAACGAGAACGGGAACGGGAAAGGGGACUCAGGGUGCGUGAACCCACUGACAGUGAGAAGCUGCAAUCAACGCUGAAUGACCCCAUUCUCUGGACAGUCGAUGAAGUCUGGGCCUUUAUUUAUGCUUUGCCAGGGUGUCAGGACAUUGCAGACGAGUUUCGAUUGCAAGAGAUUGAUGGCCAAGCUCUUCUUCUGCUGAAGGAAGAUCACUUAAUGAAUGCUAUGAAUAUAAAACUAGGCCCGGCAUUGAAAAUCUGUGCUCGAAUAAACUUAUUGAAGGAACCGUAAUGGAAAUCUAAAGAGACAGACAGAGAAAAGGGAGUUGGGUUAAGAGAGAGAGAGAGAGAACGUGAGAAAGAGAAAGAGAGACACCCUGUCAAGUACAUGUCAUUUACUGCUGCUGAGGGGAAGUGUUUCACUUGCUGGUGAUGUUUUCUUUAUUACUCCAAGGGAAAGCUUUGUUUGUUUCAGUUCCAAUGGUGGAAGUGAACAAUUUUGGCUGGUUUUAUAAAGGGUGUUAUACUUUUUGCAGGUGGAGAAGUAAUCAUUUUAAAUAUAAUCAAAUUUGAAAAGCCAAGGUAAACAUGGUAGACACAGAAUAUAAUAGUCAACAUAUUUAUUUAAUAAUUUACUUGUUUUCUUUGUUGCUAAUUUACAAUUGUCCAAUAAUAUCAUAGAUUAUUCUGUCAGUAUUUGAA